AUGAAAGCUUAUCAAAGGCAUGCAACUUCAAAGUUGAUUAGUGGUUACAUUAUCGACAAUCUUCGAGACCCAAGGUUUGAAGUUACACCAGCUUUUGUCAUCGCAAAAAUGCAAAAAUUACAUGGACUAGACAUUGGACCAGUGAUCGCUGUUGAUGCAACUUUUUUGAAGUCAAAAUUUUGUGGUGUUUUAAUGAUUUCAGUUUCAAAGAAUGCAAAUAAUCAAAUUUUUCCACUAGCUUUUGGAAUAGCAGAAUCUGAAAAUAACAAUUCCUAUGAGUGGUACUUUAGUGAGCUUCGCAAUGUAAUUGGGAGCCGUGAGAAUUUAAUUUUUUUAUCAGACAGGCAUCAAGCUAUUGCAUAUGCCAUCGCAAAGGUAUAUCCUGAAAGCCACCAUGGGAUUUGUAUCUAUCAUUUAGAGCAGAACCUAAAGCGAAGGAAAGUGAAAAGUGAGAUCAUAAAACUUUUUCAAAGCGCUGCAAUAGUAUACAGGCGCAAAGAAUUUGAUCUUUACAUGUCAGAUAUAGCAAAAGUAGAUAAAAAGACUUAUGACUACUUGAUGGAAGAACCACCGGAAAGGUGGGCGCGUUCUUGUAGUCCACGACGAAGAUAUGACAUGCUCACAACAAACAUAGUCGAGUCAAUAAAUUCUGUUCUAUUAGAAGCAAGGGAGCUGCCUAUAUUAAGAAUGAUGGAUUUCAUUCAAGUGAAGCUACAACGUUGGUUUUAUGAAAGAAGAAAUGAAGCAGAAGGAACUCUUUAUGAUGUUUCUUAUUGGGUAGAAGAGGAAUUGAAUAAAAAGAUAGAUUUAGCAUUUACUUUGAAUGUCUUCCCUGUUGAUUCAUGGCGUUCUAGAGUUGAAGAGGAAGGAAUAACUUUCUUGGUGGACUUAAACAAAAGAACAUCUAUCGAGAAGAGAAACAUCAAGAAGUCCAACUUUUGCUCGCACUGGUACUUAAAGGAAUCUUGGCUGAAAACAUAUAAAAGACAAAUACAUCCUGUAGGACAUACUGAUUCUUGGAUUGUACCAGAGAGUGUUAAGUCACAAAUUGUUAAACCUCCACAUUUCAAAGUGCCACCUGGUAGAAGGCAGAAGAAAAGGUUGGAAUUUCUUCACAUCCUUUCCCAUCAUCAACAACUCCACAUACUUGAUUAG